AUGGUGGUUGUGGCCUGGGGGAUGAGCUCGCCAGGCUGUGGGGGCUGCCUGGAUUCCGGGCCAUGUAAGAAGUUAGGGGACACUCGGGGCAACCAAGGAGAGGACAAGCGCCUGUACAGUGGUCGCAGAGCCAUCCCUGGCAGACUCUUCACUUCCUGUGACCGAAGAGGAGGAAGCGACGCUGGGUCACAGGACACAGAACUGGUCCCGGCCCAGGCAGUCCCACGGGGGUGCUCUCUGGACACCCCAGCCCAGCACCCUGGGCUCAUGGCAGCAGGCACCCCAACCCUGUUCCUCAAUGCCCUUCUCUGCCUUGGGACCCCCCAGAUACCCUCCAUCCAGGCUGACCCAGAUCCCCGGGUACCCAAGGGGGGCUCAGUGACCAUCUGGUGCAUUGGACCCCCGGAGGCCUCCGAGUUCCGUCUGUAUAAAGUGAAUGAUUCUGAGUGGGAGUACAUGGAGAAGUCCCUGGCCCACAGAGGCCAGGCCUACAUCUCCCUCCGGAACCUGAACAUCCACAGGGCAGGGCAGUACCAAUGCUCGUACAGCAGUGCCCACCACCCUGAACAGCGCAGCGACCCCCUGACCUUAGUGCUGACUGGACUGUUCCACGCACCCUCACUCGAGGCCCACGUGGGCCCUGUGGUAGCAUCAGGGGGAAACGUGUCCCUGUCCUGCAGCACCCUGAACAUGACGGGAACCUUCCACCUGCUGAAGGAGGGAGACGCUGAGCCUCAAAAACUGGAGCCCCAAUUUUCUCAGGGGAGGUGGCAGGCGAACUUCCUCUUGGACUCCGUGAAUGCCUCUCAUAGGGGCAACUAUACCUGCUACCUUUCUGCUUCAUCCCAGCCCCUCUCCUGGUCUCUGCCCAGUGCCCCUCUGCGCCUCCAGGUCACAGGUGUGUUCGACCCUCCAUCCCUGUCAGCACAGCCCGGCCCCCUGGUGCAGUCUGGGGACAAUGUGACCCUGCGGUGCAGCUCCGAGAAGUUCAGCGUCUUUGCUCUGACCAAGGGCGACUCACCCCCGCACAGCCUUCAUGGGCAGCCGAGCCCCGACUUCCCCCUGAGCCCUGUGAGCGCCUUCCACGGGGGCCGGUACCGCUGCUUCGGGGGACACGACCUCGACCUCCUGUGGUCGGAGCCCAGUGGCCCCCUGGAUAUCCUGGUGGCAGGGACAGGGACGGGCAGCAGCCCCGAGCUCCAGGCACUGCCCGAGCCACAUGUGCCCGUGGGAGGGGACAUCACGCUGCUGUGUCGCUCGGCUGACAGCGCCGACACCUUCUACCUGGCCCAAGAGGGCUCAGCCGCCGAACCCCUGCAGUGCCUCCUGCCCCACCCAGCCGCCCCCUCUCAGGCCAACUUCACCCUCCGAGGCUUGGGCCCUGCCCAGAACAUCACCUACAGGUGCUAUACCUCCAACAGCUCCGCCCCCCACCUGCUGUCCCCACCCAGCCAACCCCUGCGGCUCCAGGUCUCAGGUGAACUGGACUCCCUAACCCUGCUCCUCGGACUGUCCGGUGCCCUGCUCGGCCUCCUCCUCCUCCUUCUCCUCCUUCUUUUCUUUCGCCACCGCUACCAACAAGCUGCACACCAGAAGUCGAACGCCGCUGUCACCCACACACAGUCUGAGGAAGGGGCGCGGAUGAACCCUCAGAUGUAUAUAAACCAUGAAGACCACCAGGAAGUGACGUAUGCCCAGGUGAACUGUGCAAGGCUCAGGAAGCAAGUAAGCACUUAA